UUGAGAUCCAUCCUUAUCACCCAAACCCUCUCACUAUAUAAUCGAAACAAAGAGCCGAGUUCGCACUUCAUAGCUGCAGAUUAGGGUUUUCUUGUUUCUCCCCAGCUUUCCAGCUAAAACACAGAGCGGCGCUGCAGUUUUCUCGGCGAGAAAAGCAAUCAUGGGCCACCAGAACGUCUGGAAUUCUCACCCCAAGACCUACGGUCCUGGAUCCAGGGCUUGCCGUGUGUGUGGCAACCCUCAUGCAAUCAUCAGGAAGUACGGGCUCAUGUGCUGCAGGCAGUGCUUCCGCAGCAACGCUAAGGAGAUCGGUUUCAUAAAGUACCGCUAAGUGUAAUUGGAGCAUUUUGGUUGCUGGAUGGCUUUCUUAACAGAGCUUGCUGGCAAUGGAGAUGCGUACUCUCUUGAUAGUAAUCACUUUCAGUUUUAUGUGAUGUAAUCCAGCGGACGUGAAAGAUUUUGAUAAUUUUGAUUGGAUAUGAUAUUGUUGGAACUAGAUUGCAAAUUGUCAUCAGUGAUAUUUAAUUGAAGCAUCGUUGUUGGAUAUGUUUGGUGCCUGUCUCUUGGUGGCUUUGAAAUAGUUAGUGGCAUGUGGAUGUGGUAGGGAUGUUGUGUGCUUUGAAAGUAGAUCAUGUAUCGAGUUGGGUGCUCAUUUUUUAAACCCAAGUGGGCUUUCAGGUAGUGCAAUCCAGAAGC